ACCUCCUUGGGUCCCUCCCUAGCUUUUCCGCUAGAAAUCCUUUUGAUAAUUCCUUUGCCUGGUAAUAAAGAUAUCAACUAGCUUGUUUCAAAAUUCGUAUUUGCCUUUGUUAAAGUGAAAUGAGGAUAGUUGUGAAGCCAUCCCGGAGUCAGCAACCAUCUACCAGCUUCCUUAAUUCGGGAGUGCCAGAGAAGAGACUCCUCAAAGGAACCCUGGGGCUUGGGUUUAUCUUAAUGGUUUUUUUGGUGGUUAUACCUCUUGUAGUUAUCAUCCUUGGAGGGCACCAAAGCCCAUUGCCGAUUUGGCUUCGAGAAGUUGGAGUAUGGGCAAGAGGAGGCUUAGAAGAUAACUUUGUUACAUCCAAGGGACCGAAAGACAAACAUCUUGGUGGUCUAUUACCUGCUGGAUUCCAUGAAGAAUCCUGUUUGAGCCGAUAUCAAUCUGCAUCAUACCGGAAAGCAUCGUCUCACUUGCUAUCCCAUUAUCUAUUAAGAAGGCUAAGAAAGUAUGAAGCCCUCCAUAGGAGAUGUGGGCCAAACACAGCAUUGUACAACAAAACCUUAGAACAGUUGAAGAAGCGUUGCAACAACGAGACUGCCGAGUGCAACUACGUGUUAUGGAUACCGUUCAGUGGCCUAGGGAAUAGGAUGCUAACCCUUGCUUCAGCUUUUCUUUAUACUCUUCUUACAAACAGGGUCUUACUCAUCCACACAGAUGCUAGCAUGAACGACCUCUUCUGCGAGCCGUUUCCUCAUACCUCAUGGCUGGUUCCUUCUGAUUUUCCUAUGAAGGGGUUCCCGAAAUUUAGCAGCAACAGUCCUCGGUGUUAUGGCAAAAUGCUGAGAAGAAAAGCUAGUGCUAACAAUAGUGAUGAUGUUGUGAAGCAGCGACUGCCUGCUUAUGCCUAUCUUCAUCUAUUUCAUGAUUAUGAUGACUUUGAUAUGCAUUUCUUCUGUGAAGAUGAUCAGAAAUUUCUUCAGAAUAUCCCUUGGCUGGUUAUUGGAUCAGACAAUUACUUUGCACCAUCUCUCUUUUCAAUUCCAUCAUAUGAGGAAGAAUUAAGCAGGCUCUUCCCGAAGAGAGAUACUGUUUUCCAUCAUUUGGGACGUUACCUUUUCCACCCAACCAACACAGUGUGGGGUAUGAUAACCAGGUAUUAUCAAGCUUAUCUUGCAAAGGCUAAGGAAAGGGUAGGCAUCCAAAUAAGAAUUUUUAACAGAGGUAGUCCAUUCAUGAAUAUAUUAGAUCAGAUCCUUGCAUGUUCUUUAAGGGAAAAUUUGCUGCCUGAUAUCAAUACAAAAGGACCAAUUGUUUCGAUGACAAAUAAAGGAAUAUCAAAAGCUGUUCUUGUUACUUGUUUGCACUCUGAAGUCUAUGAGAAGAUGAAGACAAUGUACUACGAGCACCCGGCUGUUACUGGUGAGAUUAUUGGGGUUUAUCAACCAAGCCAUGAACAAGUCCAGCAGACAAAAGAGGAGAUGCACAACAAGAAAGCAUGGGCGGAGAUUUAUCUUUUGAGUUUGACAGAUGUAUUGGUUACAAGUGCCUGGUCCACAUUUGGAUAUGUGGCUCAAGGUCUUGGUGGUUUAAAACCAUGGAUUUUGAUCAGGUCGGAGAACAUGACGAUGCCAGACCCUCCCUGCCGUCGAGCCUUAUCAAUGGACCCUUGCUUUCAUAAUCCUCCCACUUUCUACUGCCAUGGCAAGAGAGAUGUUGAUGAGGUACUGGGCUCGCAUGUGAGAUAUUGUGAAGAUAUGAGCUCAGGCCUCAAGCUGGUUGACGAAGCUUAAUGUCUGUUUCUUACUGACCUUUUGCAUUCGGAUAUGCUAGAGAUCCUGCUAGAUGUAUGGUUUGACUGUACAAAAAUCACCAGAUAUUUGAUAGAUAGAACUCCACUAGUUAAUUAUUUUGUGUAUAAUUAGAAAAAUGUAAGUGAAGGACAUUACCAAAGAAUAACCUUUUAAUUUCAUACACAAUAGCAGAUUAAAUUUGCAGCCUUAA